AUGCGGGCUACUGAAAAUGAAUGGCAUUCAAAAAAAAGUCUGUUCCGGCAGGCACUCCACUUCCCUCAUUGCGUGGGAGCAAUUGAUGAGAAGCACAUUCUUCUACAGUGCCCUGUUGGUAGUGGGAGUAAGUUUUAUAACUAUAAAGGAUCAUUUAGCAUUGUGUUGCUUGCUGUAGUUGACACCAACUACAACUUUUUAUAUGCUGACGUUUGCUGCCAAGGGAGGAUUUUUGAUGGAGGUGUUUUCAAGAAUGCCUCCAUAAGUGAGCUAAUUCACAAAAACAAACUGAACUUGCCACGUCACGAGUGUUUACCUGGAGGGACAAAACCACUACCAUAG